AUGCCUACCUGCGACCAGACUGGGACGGGGAAAAUCCAGUCCAAUCCUUGGACGGGUAUAUCGACUCCCGUUUUCGUUCAUCUCGCUCAGGCAGGUGCACUUGGACGACAGCGGUCAAUUAUUAGAAAAUUGGCCGUGUCACAUUCCAACACGGGGAUUCAUGAAACACUUCUUGAACAGCUUCUCGUGCAAGCACGUGGUGUUGAAGAUGCCCUUCUCAGUUACCAGGUCCCUUCAAUCGACAGGAUAGAAGACACGGGGGAUGCGCUGACUCCUACGAGCCAUUUGCAGAAAAUGGCUCAAGUCUACAAGUUGACAGCUUUGCUCGAGAUCUACCGGGUAUUUCCAGAGCUGUUGCAGAAGCCAUCGUCAGAUGAGGUUGAUGUCUUCCAAUCGAUAUCGUUCAGAUCGAGGAUCCUUGCUAUGGCAAUCGGUAUUCUCACUACCAUAUCGACUAUCCCGGAGACCUCGGGCGUGAACGUCUUGCUAUGUCCCCCCAUGAUUACAGCUGGCAGUGCAUUACAAUCCACGGGGCCAAACCAACCAGAGUUUUCACAAGGGUCAACCCAAGGUAGUCUCUGUAGUGAUUUGAUUUCGAUCUUCAUUCAAAACGAUGCUCUCACGCGCUGGCGGGAAUUUGUACGAGAGCGAAUGAAUAUUAUUCACAAUUGCGUUGGCUUGGGUAGUGUUACUCGAGCAUUGGACGUGAUCGAGAAGACUUGGUUCAGGGCCGAUGUUCAAGUCUUUGCGAACGAGCCAGACUCAGUAGGGGAAUUUGUUCAUUGGACAGAUGUGAUGGCAGAUGAACGGUUGGAGACUAUCUUUGGGUGAGGUUCAACAAGG